CUUGAAAGACGACGACGACGACGACGACGGACGACGGACGACGGGGACGACCAAGAAAGUUUUUGUUUUGUGACAAGGUCGACCUCGUUCCUUUUGAAAGUUCAACACUCGCAAUGGUCAAGUUUUUCAGCAACCUCCCCGACUCGGACCAUGUUCCCUAUACGUUCAUCACGGAUGAGCCACAUGUGCGGGAUAUCGUUCGUUAUAUGCGGAAAGACGAUUUGAUGCUCUGGGGAGGAAUUGCCGCUGGAUUCCCGGCAUUGCACUUUGCUUGGGAACGUGCAUACCCUUCCUUCCACCCCAAAGUCAUGCCGCGCGUUAUGGCCAUCCAGAUCCCAUUCUUUGCUACCUGUGGAUUCUUGUUUGCCGCUCAACGGUCCCUCUUCCGAUUCUGGGGCUGGCGAGAGAACGAUAUCGAAGUGGCUCGCUGGAAUGCAGAGGCGUCGGCUCGUCCGGCACCCGCAAAGAAGGGAUGGCAAGACAACGAUUGGUGAAAGGUGUACAAUACGAUGUAUGGCUCGGCAACAUGUGUGGGUCUGACCUAGAGUGCUAUUGAUGGUAUAUAUAUGAACAAAAGAAAUAGGAUACCUUUUACUUUUUUUCGAGACAAGAAUGUUGGAAGAAAGGGGAUUUAAUCAAGCUGUGUGCCAGUCGACAGGAUGAGACCAAAAAAUAUCAUUCUCCCAAGAAGCUCUGCACAAGCAAUAGAAGGAUAUAGGACUCUAGGCGAUAUCAAU